AUGACAUCACUCACUUCUCUCCUCCCGCUGAUCGACUUGAGGUUUCAUCAGGUUUCUGGUUACCGGCUGCGGACAGGCAAUAUCUCACACCAUUCAUUCUCAGGCACCGAAACACUAGAGAGAAGUUACCCGGGCAGAGUGAGCCUUUAGCGACAUGAUGGCAGAGGAGAGCCGGGGGAAACGACGGAAACAAGCGAACCCGAGAAGGAAUCAAGUGGACAUUGAAUGGGUCAGUUCUCUGGGCUCGGAGGGGGAGGAUGGUGAUGAGGUGGGUCUGUGGAGCCCGGAACCCCAGGACUACCAGGGCAGCCUGGACAAGACCAGUCUGACCCCCAGCGAGGGUGAGGGAGACGGAGAAGGGACCGAGCCAGGAGGUAGCCCCAGCCCCAGGGGCCAGUCAACCCAGCCCCAAAGCCCCAUCCCCAGGGAGGGCCACUGGGCAGAGGGGGAAGAGGAGGUACCUGAGAGUGGGAUAACUAUGGACAGGAAGCAGGAAUCUCUCCUGACCUACACAGGUCAGAGGUCAGACAGCAGGGCCUUGGAGGACUUGGCCCACUAUGACUUCCUGGUUCAGUUGAGAAAGGCAUCCUCCCACCAACCUGCCUCACACCACCACCAGCACCACAACCGCCUGCCCCCCAACGGCAGAAGCCCUGCCCCAGCCAUGUACCACACUGGCAGUCUGCGCCUCCAUGAUGACCUCCCUCCCGUCUGGUCUGUUGGGGCUCGGCGCUCACCUGAGAGACCAGACGGAGUCCCUUUAAAUCUACAGGCUUGCCCGUUCUGCCAGCAUACCUUCCACCGCGGAGAGUCCCUACGCGAGCACAUCAGGUUUUGCCACGAGCGGGACGGGGGACACUAUAGAGCUCAGAUGGAACGACACAUGGAACUGCACAGUCAGCACAUUGACCAUGGUGCGGAGAGCAGGAAGUUCAAGUGUUUUCAGUGUGGGAAAUCCUUCAAGUACAAACACCACCUCAAAGAGCACCUCCGUAUCCACAGUGGUGAGAAACCGUAUGAAUGUUCCAACUGCAAGAAGCGCUUCUCUCACUCUGGCUCCUACAGCUCACACCUCAGCAGUAAGAAGUGCUUGACAGGGGGAGGAGGAGGAGGAGGAGGAGGAGGGGGACGUAGAGGUGGAGGGGAGAGCUAUAACAACAGACAUAGCCAGGGGACCUACCAGUCCUCUCCUGCAUCACCCUCAGCAGGAAGCAGUAGGAACAGCAGUGGAAAGGGCUCUCCCUACCUUCCUCACACCCAGAAGCGUCAGUCACCAAUGGGCUUAGAGAGGGAGCUGUACCCCCCUGGGGACCAGAGCAGGGGGGUCCUCCAGGGCCGGGAGCUAGGCAGGCUGUGGGACCCCCCAGCGGAGUUCUCCCUCCGGGACAACGUGUUCAAGGGCACCAACCUGCUGCCGUACCUCCAUACCAGCGCCGGGGGCAAGUUUGAGCAGAUGCUGCAGGAGAUGUUUGACAGGGAGGAGGGAGAUGUAGGCUCACCCAGGGAGGAGGGAGAUGUAGGCUCACCCAGGGAGGAGGGAGAUGUAGGCUCACCCAGGGAGGAGGGGAGACUGGGGAUUCACAACAGAGGGCGAGACAGGAAGGCAGAUGAUCCAAAAGAGCUGAAACGUAACCGAACCGGCUCGGGUGAAGGGUACAGGGGUGGAGGUGGGGUGACAUGCCACUGGUGCUCCCAGCUCUUCCCCAGCCCUGCCGUGUUACUGCAGCAUGAGCGCUACCUCUGUAAGGUGAACCGGCAGGCCAUGGAGGUGCCUGAAGGUCCUCACAGCAAAGACCACCUCUCUCCCCUCUACUUCUCCUCCAGAACCCCUCUCCAGCCACCCCCACCAGCCAACAACAAUAAAACCUCAGCGAUGGCUAACGGUUUCUCCAAAGAUAAGUCUCCUCUCCAGAGACCCUGCUGGCACUCUGUCCCUCAGGAGCUGCUAGUCGCCAUGCACUCCCCCCUACAGCCCCGCCCAGACUCACUAUCCAUGAGAUCCUAUUGGUCUAGCCAGGAGAGUGUCAGGAGUGGCGGCAGCCCCGGCCAACCAGCACCAACUAGCCCUGCUACAGACAUGUCCUCACUGCAACCAAUAGGACCAUUACCCUCUUCAGAGAUCGACUCGCCCCUCUGCCUGGACCUUUCCUCCACCACUCUCACCCCUCAUUGGAGUCGAAUCAUCCCCCAAGGAAGGACCGCCGGGUCGGGUAGCUCCCAGAUUGACCAACCCCUGGAUCUCUCCCUCCCCAAGCCCCAGGAGGGGAAAGUCCUGGAGGACAGCAUGCCCAGUAAUGGACACCCUCGUCUGGGAGAAAAGAGAGAGAAGACCUACAGAGAGCCAGCAGAGAACCAGCAGCUCCACCGGAGGCUGAGUCUCAGUUCACCUUGGCAACAGCAUCAAGGCGUCUACAGUGGCGUUCCGAUGUUUGAGGGCUCCGUCUACAGUGCAUACCCUCUGUUUAACCCCAUGAUGCCUGCUGGGCUAGCUGGCUCAGGACAUGACGUGGUCCCCUCACUGCCCCUCAGUCACCGAUUUCUCUCCCCUAUGGUCUACAUGAUGGAGUCGGACACAGAUGCCGUGCUGAAGAGGAUCCGUCAGGAGAGACAAGCCAUCAUGGGUGAAGUGAUGGAUUGCGGGGGUCUGGACUACCCCUCUCUGAUGGAGGAGGGAGGAGAGGGAGAAGGGGGACCAGGGAGGAAGAGACUGAAGAAGACAGACGACGGCCUGUACGCCUGCGACAUCUGUGACAAGACCUUCCAGAAAAGCAGCUCUCUGCUCCGACACAAGUAUGAGCACACAGGUAAACGUCCCCACGAGUGUCAGAUCUGCAGGAAGGCCUUCAAACAUAAGCACCAUCUGAUGGAGCACAGUCGCCUGCACUCUGGAGAGAAGCCCUAUGAGUGUGAUAAGUGUGGCAAGAGGUUCUCCCACUCUGGCUCAUACUCCCAACACAUGAACCAUCGAUACGCCUACUGUAGCAGGGACCAGGAACAGGAAGGGGUCGAGGAGCCUCCUCUUACCCCAGGAGGGUCCACCGAUCUGGGCCAUGUUUCCGGGGGCACCCCCUUCUCCAUGGAGUACACCCCAAUGUUUCUCAGUGAUGCCAGUCUGGAUGGGGGGAUAGGAGGGAGAGCACAUGAAGAGGAGGAGGAGGAGGAAGAGGAGGACGAGACAGACAAAACUAAAGGUGGCCAUAUGAAGGAAGCUUGUACUUUAUCAGGGUCAGGGUCUGGUGAAGGGUUAGGGUUGGAGCUGUGCUCUAGCCCUGUGGGGAAUGAGAGAGACAGACAGCAUGUCCACAGAGACAAUGGAGAAGGAGAUAAUUCUGAUCUACAGACUUACAGACUUGAAAACAACAAUCACUGGGACAGAGAUGCGUUGGAACAAAAUGGAGACCAGAACACAGACACCUACGAGUUGAGCCCAGAAGCUCCACUGUCACAAUGACAACAGCGGACAGUAUGCCAAAGUAUUCCAAAACCAAUGCAUCUAGCUACAAACAUUUAACAUUUUUUGUCAUUUACUAGACACUCUUAUCCAGAGCAACUUACAGUUAGUGUAUUAAUCUUCAGAUCACAUCGAGUACAUUUUCUCACUGCUAAUGGGGAAAAGAGAAGUGCCUUUUUU